AUGUCACAAGCAGUACCAGAUUCCUAUGCAAAGACUCAGGCGCAAAAAGGGAUGCUUCCGAUCCCGGCUACUGGCGCGGACUAUCUUGCUGUAGAUUUCGCCUCACACCUCCAGAACGGCUUACCCGACCCGCUCUGGCAACAUAUAGAGUCUCUAGGACUGGCCGCCGUGAGAGAAGACUCGCCGGUAACGAGGGGGAAUGAGGAUGCAUUUGGAACGUUUGUCGAUAUCAGCCUCCGCGACAUCUCCAGCAACAUGCUCCUCCACAUGUGUCCAUUCAGAAGGAGCAGUAUAUUUGCCUUUAUUGACAUAUCCAACUUCCUCACCGAGUAUCUGGAUGCUCUGGUUAAGAUUCUAGACAACAUCUGCUCGUCCGUCUCUGGUGCCUUCGGCAACGCCAGCCAGGCGUAG